AAUAUACAGUGAUCAAUGAAAACUGUCCCGGAGCUGAAUGGAAUAUCAUGUGUCGGGAAUGUUGUGAGUAUGAUCAGAUCAAGUGUAUCUGUCCUGGGCGGAAAGAAAUUGUGGGUUACACCAUUCCCUGCUGCAGGAACGAGGACAACGAGUGUGACUCCUGCCUCAUCCACCCAGGCUGCAUGAUUUUUGAGAACUGCAAGACUUGCCGCAAUGGCUCCUGGGGGGGAACACUGGACAACUUCUACAUCAAGGGUAUCUACUGUGCAGAAUGCAGAGCAGGCUGGUAUGGUGGGGACUGCAUGAGAUGUGGGCAGGUUCUUCAGGCAUCAAAGGGGCAAAUUUUGUUGGAGAGUUAUCCCCUGAAUGCUCACUGUGAAUGGAUUAUACAUGCCAAGCCUGGCUUUGUUGUUGAGUUAAGGUUUGCGAUGCUGAGUCUGGAGUUUGACUACAUGUGCCAGUAUGAUUACGUGGAGAUCCGAGAUGGGGACAGUGUCGAUAACAGGAUAAUUAAGCGUUUCUGUGGCAAUGACAGGCCUCCUCCAAUCCGAAGCACAGGGCCCUCAUUGCACGUUCUUUUCCAUUCAGAUGGUUCAAAGAAUUUUGAUGGAUUUCAUGCCAUCUUUGAGGAAAUUACAGCUUGUUCUUCAUCUCCAUGUUUUCAUGAUGGAACCUGUGUUCUAGAUAAAGUUGGUGGCUACAGGUGUGCUUGUCUAGCUGGCUAUACUGGGAACCGCUGUGAAAGCUUGGUGAUGUGUAGGACUCCAGGUGCUCCUGCUCAUGGUUUUGUGGAAGGAGAUGACUUUAAAUAUGGGGCCCAGGUUUACUUCAACUGCAACAUGGGCUACACCUUAAAAGGCAGCGUUGCCUACUGUCAGCUAGAUGGAAGCUGGUCAACACAACAUCCUGGAUGUGUUAUAGAAGACAGAAACUGCUCCCAUCCUGGUGGUCCGCUCAAUGGGUACACAAAACUGAUGGAAGAUGCUUCACUGGUGAACAGCCAUUAUGCAAAAAUUGGAACAGUCAUUGCAUUCUUUUGUAAUAAUUCCUACAUUCUUAGUGGUAAUGAGAAAAGAACCUGUCAAGAGAAUGGAGAAUGGUCUGGGAAACAACCAAUCUGCAUAAAAGCUUGCCGAGAGCCAAAAAUCUCUGACCUAGUAAGGCAGAAAGUACUCCCAGUGCAGGUUCAGUCAAGAGAGACUCCUUUGCAUCAGCUCUAUUCAUCCACAUUUAGCAAGCAUAAACUGGAUGUAUAUCCAACCAAAAAGCCAUCACUUCCAUUUGGCGAGCUUCCACCAGGCUUCCAGCAUCUUCAUACACAGCUUCAGUAUGACUGCAUUUCUCCAUUCUACCGUCGAUUGGGAAGUAGCCGGAGAACCUGUCUUAAAACAGGAAAAUGGAGUGGGCGGGCCCCUUCAUGCAUUCCAAUCUGUGGAAAGUUAGAAAACACCACUCUUCAGAAGCCAUCCACUCUCCGGUGGCCAUGGCAAGCAGCCAUCUAUAGGAAAACCAAUGGGGUAAAGACUCCCAGUCACCAAAAGGGUGUGUGGAUACUGAUUUGCAGUGGCGCCUUGCUGAAUGAACGCACAGUAGUGGUGGCAUCUCACUGCGUUACCAAUUUGGGGAAGGUCACCGUUCUCAAAACAGCAGAUCUCAAAGUGGUCCUCGGCAAGUUUUACAGAGAGUAUGAUAGAGAUGAAAAGACAAUACAGAACUUACGGAUUUCAGCCAUUAUAGUGCAUCCUAACUAUGACCCUAUAUUACUUGAUUCUGACAUUGCUGUCAUAAAACUUCUGGACAAAGCCAAAAUAAGCAGCCGAGUUCAACCAAUAUGCCUGGCAUCAAUGCGUGAUAUUGAUCUACUUGCAGAUGACUUCCAAAUAGUGGUGACUGGUUGGAAGAUCCUGACAGAUUUUGCAGAUCCCACUUACAAGAAUGACACAAUUCGCAUGGGGACUGUUCAGACUGUGGACUCACUAGUUUGUGAGCAGCAGUAUGAGGAAAAUGGAAUCCAGGUCAGCGUCACCGAGAGUAUGUUUUGUGCCAAACAACACCCAGCUGCCUUUUCUAAUAUCUGUCCUUCUGAGACGGGAGGGAUUGCAGCAAUACCUUUGCCAGGAAAGUCAUCUCCUGAGUUGACUUGGCAUCUCAUGGGUUUGGUGAGCUGGGGCUAUGAUAAAACAUGUAGUUUGGAACUCUACACUGGCUACACUCGAGUAAUACCUUUCAAAGACUGGAUUGAAAAGAACAUGAAAUAAAAAGCUAUAUUAUUUUUUCUUACAGUAUCUGAUGUUUCAGGUUUCUUAUCCCAUUGACUGAACAUGGUUUUUCCGCACAAAUCUCCAAAAAUAUUUGAUAACAUUUUGAAUCCCCCCCUUUUUUUGCUCACAUUCAUUCCCUUUAAAUGAUUUCUGGGUGCCAUUUUUUUAAUUUUUCCUUUGUUUUUAAAGUUCAGUGUUCAAUUAAUGCUUUAAUGCUUCACAACCUCGUGCUGCAUUCUUUACUCCUUGUAUACUUGAUGCUUCGAAAAUUUGCCUGCCAAAAAUAAAAUAACUAAAUGCUGCAUAUAAACAGGUGAAGAGGAAUUGAGUGAGCUCAGAAGAUGGCACUGAGGAGGAUGUUCAGGGAAGCAGAGAAACAUGGGAAAUGUCAAUAGAUCACACAGCAACUGAAGAUGCUUUUAAAAUGUUUCAGCCAGAGAAUCACUUUA